AUGGAACUUCAAACGUCAAAAUGCAUCCGUUACAACCAGGGCCCGCUUCUCGGGCCUCCCGGAAGCCCCGAAUCUGGACUCCUCGGCAGUUUCUCGUCCGAACGCACUGCAUUGUUGGAAGUGGUCCCAAGGACCUUUGGAAGAAGGAUCGCCAAUCCCUCCUCAGACGCAACCAGUCACGCCGUAUCCAUGAGACGACACUUUGAUUAUGACAGCCGAGAAAUGUCGGAUAAGUGCGCACAGGAUUGUGAAGCUGAACACCGACGUUUUAAGCGGCAGUUACGCAUCAGUCAUAGUUCAUGUCGAAGUGCAGAAGUCAGAGAUUUAGAGCUUGAGGCUGCGUCUCCUGGUGGCGUUAGGAGCAUUCCGCACUCGGAUCGUGUAGAGAGACCACGGAGGUUGCAUAGAAUCAACAACAGCACGAAGCAUCGGAAGAUUCAUCAAUCGAAAGCUAGGGACCUGGUACCUAGAAGAGCACCUUUACGAAGCCUGAGCACCUGGGAGUCGAGGCUAGCGCGCGACCUGAAUCGAAAAUUGGAAUGGCUCGUCGAACAGCUUAGUCCUGGUCGCAGGCCUUUUCACUUUGCCCUGCUUGCCAAUCACUGGCUCAAUAGGGAGACUUGGGUUGUACUCGAUCCUAUUUCACGGGUCUCCAUCGAAGCAAGACGUCUUUGGGGAGAUCCACGAUUUAAUUCUCCAUAUCCAAUACCUCACUGGGAGCCUAAACUCAAAUAUCCCGAAACUUCUUGCAAAACAGCCAACAGGCCUCAUUUAAAUUCAUGGAGGGCUGCUGUCAAUCGGAAUCGACGGGCAACAGGUCUUCGAGAUGUCGUCAAGGGCGUUGCAUUACUUGAAGGCUCAGCAGAUGAACCCCCGGAUGGGAAAGUCGAUCCCGCAAGCUGGAUUCUUCGAAGGCCCCCACAAGGUUUUGCAAUGUCGACUAAGCAGGAAAAAGCAUACUACGAAGGAGGAGCAGGAUGGCAAGAGACCCUCGGUGACUGGCAGAGGGUGCGCCGCGGUUAUCGAAUUCGUAAAGCGAUCUAUGAAGGCAGGGCCAAUCGAACUAGGAUGAAGGAGAUAGCGGUUGGACUUACCCGAUACUUCCAGGCCAUAACAAAUGAAGCUUUGAACACUCCCCAAACAGACGCGGCGCAAGAGGUACCAAGCGGUGUCGGUGAAGCUUGA